GCCGUCCGUUAAUGUAAAUUAUUUGUUCAAGUUUUUUUUGUUUAUUUUGUUAUCGAAAUCUCAACGAAAUGAAAAUGCCCUACCCAUGGGUGGAGGACUUGACGGUGAUCUGUCAAGCGUAUUUCCUAACGCAAUUUUUGAUUAGACAACUAAUAAUAUAAAUAAUAAUUUUUUAUUUUAUUUUUCAUGCCCAGCUGAAUAAUAUAAAUAAUAAUAUAGUAAUAACAUAAUAGUAACAACUCAAUAUUCAAUAAUCACCAUAAUAGCAUUCGUUAUGUUUGAUUACUCUUGACUUAUCACACCGCUGGUUUUAGUCUCGCAUGACCUAACAAAACUAAAUACUGGCGGGGUCGGUAGGGCUCAAGCGAGGUUUAUACUAACCCUAACAUUACUAACAAAACCUCGUGACUGACGUCCACCCAUUGCACUCAUAGAUAUAAAGUAGCAUUACUAACCCUUCUAAUUUCUCUCACAACUACUACUACUACUCAUAUUAUCAUUUUUCUAUAUAUAUACAUGUGUGUGUGUGUGUUUUUUUUUUCUUCACUAAAUAUCAGCUAUUUUAACUGCGCGAAUUUCUUUAUUCCCAUAUGUCAAUCCCAGUUGCAAUCUGCUGACUGUCGGAACGUUUCUUUUUUCUCUUUGAUUCGACCCAUUAUCGCGCAUUUGGCACCUCAAAAAUAGCAUCGUAACUUUUGUUAAUUUCGGUAUACCAAUGCCCCAUGCAUUGAACGUCGACAGCUGUCUGGCAUGUCUUUCUUACUUGCGUCGUGAGUUGCGGGGUCGUUUCUUUAUUCCAGGGGCGGGUGUGCUCUGACCCAGUGGAAUAAAGAAAUUCGUUAUCAGUUGUACGUUUUUCCCUUUUUCUGCUAGAAUGACUCUCUUGCGUCUAUGGGUGGUUAAAGGGUUUAAAAUAUGUUGACAGCGUAAAUGUGGAUGUGUGUAGAAUUGUACUGUUUGGUUUUGUUGUUAAUCCACUCCCUUCUCUCUCUUUUUUUUAUCGUUCUGCGGCUGCGAGAUGAAAAUUGCCGCAGUAGAACAACGAAAAGAACCAGGUACGUGACAUAGGGCAGGAACGCGAACGGUCUUGCAUGGGACAUGUCAAAGAGAGCGAUCGAGGACUGAUGACGGCAUGAAUAAAGGUAGCAGACGUGAGGAGGAACGACCAAGAACACGAGGAAGACUGCCGACAUAAGUACCAACGGUUGGAUGGCUUGGAAAGGUAUAGCCAACACUACUGUGGUAUGUAAGAUAACUUUUAUCUGCACAAAAAGAUGAAGUACCUAACAGCAAUUGUUGUGUUCUCGAGUUUUGUGGCACUCAACGGAUCUUUUGCACAAGAAACAGAAAGUGGGCCAGUAUGGGGCUAUCGUUGCGUGGAUAGUCGCUGUGAGAAGGUGGCUCUGGAUUCAAAUGAUACUGACCGGGAAAAAGCGGUCAGCCUGUCGGUGUGCCGUCUCUAUUGCAAUGAAGUAUUCGGUACCCUGUGGCCACGUCCAACGGGUGACUUCCGGUUGGGCAAUAAUUUGAUUCACAUCAACGUUUACGAUGUUCAAUGGCAAUGGGAUAAAGCAUACGAAUCGUUAAGCCGCAUCUGGGAAUCCAGUGUGCAACGAUUCCGAGGACAGUUAAUGAAAAUGGUUCCAUCUGGAAGUUCUCUGAAGAGCGGCGGUAAGCGUAUGAUUGUGAAAGUUACCGUCAGUGGAGACUCGCUGGUAUUAAACUACGAAACAGACGAAAGCUAUAAGGUGUCGAUUAGUACAGCGGACUCUGGUAACGUGGCGGUGCAUAUUGAUGCAGCUACAUAUUUUGGAGCGAGGCAUGGAUUGGAAACAUUGGCACAAUUAAUUGUAUUCGAUGAUAUUCGUGACGAAUUACAGAUAGUGGCAGACGUGGAAAUUAAAGACUCACCUGCCUACGUUCAUCGAGGUGUUGCAUUGGAUACAUCUAGGAACUAUGUAGAUGUAGGAUCGAUAAAACGAACUUUGGAUGCGUUGGCAAUGGUCAAAAUGAACGUCUUCCAUUGGCACAUAACGGACUCGCAAAGUUUUCCAUUAGUGAUCAAUUCUCAACCGAUGCUUCAUAAGUAUGGUGCCUACUCGCGUAAAGAAAUCUACACUGCCGAAGAUGUUGCAGACAUAGUACAGUACGCUUUGGUCCGUGGCAUACGAGUCAUUCCGGAGCUGGAUGCUCCUGCUCAUGUUGGUGAAGGCUGGGAAAAAACUAACCUCACCAGUUGUUUCAACUAUCAACCGUGGGUUAAAUACUGUGUAGAGCCUCCAUGCGGACAACUCGAUCCUACAAAAGAUCUGGUAUAUGAUGUGUUAGAAGAUAUCUAUCGAGAAAUGAAUGCCAUGUUUAGCCGCUCAGAUUUGUUUCACAUGGGAGGUGAUGAAGUUUCGCUUGGGUGCUGGAACACUAGCGUGGAAAUUCAACAGUGGAUGCAAGCCAAGGGUUGGGACCUAAAUGAAGUAGAUUUUCUUAAACUGUGGAACUAUUUCCAAACCAAUGCGCUCGAAAGGCUAGACAAGUCGCUGGGAGAAAAACGUCCAAUUGUUAUGUGGACCAGUCGACUCACUGAGGAGCCAUAUGUAGAUCAGUAUUUGGAUAAAGAUAGAUACAUUAUUCAAAUCUGGACGACCGGGAACGAUCCCAAACUGGCGAAACUGCUGGAAAAAGGUUUUCGAGUAAUCAUUUCAAAUUAUGAUGCUCUCUAUCUUGACUGUGGUUUUGCUGGUUGGGUUCAGGAUGGUAACAAUUGGUGUUCGCCUUACAUUGGUUGGCAGAAGGUUUACAACAAUGAUCUGAAAGUAAUGGGUGGCGCCUACUCAUCACAAGUUCUAGGAGCCGAAGGAGCUUUGUGGACUGAGCAAGCCGAUCAAUUGACGCUGGAUGCUCGUUUGUGGCCUCGAUUGAGCGCACUUGCCGAACGGCUCUGGACUGAUCCUCGAGGCGGAUGGCAGCUGGCCGAUUCGCGCAUGUUGGUGCAUCGUGAACGCUUAGUCGCCAACGGAAUUGCCGCUGAAAGUUUGCAACCAAAAUGGUGUUUGCAGAACGAAGCAAACUGUCCAAUGGAUCAAGGCAGAUAUUAGUAAACUGUUUACCGCUUUGCGCAACUGUGAUUGUGACCACGGAAGACAUCUCACUUUUAAAGCAAUAACAUGUACUUGAUACCAGAUUUUAAAACUGUUAAAUGCAUAAUUUGCCAAGAAUCCUAAGUAUUCCUAAGCGCUAGUAGGUGCUGUCAACAAAUUUAACAAACUAGAAUUAGGGAACAAAAUUUGAAAAAAAUAUUCGCAGCUUAGCAAAUUUUCGUAAAUUGAUAUUUUUCAUGUA